ACUGCUAUUAUAUUCAAUAGUGCGCAAUAAAAAGUACGAUUGCCCCACUGAAAGCACCUCAUAUAGUCUGUAGUCCAAUUUGCUAUAUACAGCUGAACGUACGUAUGUAUUUUAUAAAGUUCACUAACCUAGAUUAUAUACAUUCAUACAUGUACGAUUGCCUGAUAAGUAAUUAGUUGCCCACAAAAACAAAGCUAAUUGAAUUGUGUGCAAAGAAACUUUUACUGUAUAAUAUAUGUAUACACAUACACAUGCAUACAUAUACGCUAAUACAAAUUAUAUGUAAGAGCAAAAAAGUGGCAAGGACGUUCAUCAUCUGGUGAAUAUCGACUACACUAUCGAAACUAUGUUGCCAGAUAGAUAAAUGAGAAACCGUUAUUUGUGAAAAUAUACUGAAAAUGUUUCCUGUACAUUGCAAUCGUUGUUUUAAAAAACGGGAGGCUGCACCAGGUACAGAAUAUCUGCUUACUCGCUGUCAUCAUAUAAUCUGCGCUAACUGCGCGCCCAUUUCAACAAAUGGCGAACGAAAGUGUCCCGUCUGCAAUCGUUGCUUUAGUAGCGUAGCCAUUACAAGCUCAAUGCCAACCCAUGCUGCCAACUAUUUUACCAAUCCCAGCAUAUUUUUGAAAAUGUAUCGGAGUAUUAGCCAAUUCCAAAGUGAUCAACGUAACUCGUACUAUGCUAAUUAUUACAAUAAUCAGGCGCAAUUGCCAAAGAAAAAACGCAAGCUGCAGGGCUACCUAAAGCUGGAAGCUCAAUUGCGGGAGCAAAAUGACAACGAAAUGCGACGCAUCACAGAGUUACGUAACUACAUCGACUAUUACGAAAGGAACGACGAGAAGCUUCCUGGUAAUGCAAGUUACAGCUCUUCUGAUAUAUCGAGCACAUCGCGCAUGAUUAACCGCCCACGGACGCCCUCCCUUAGCGCCACUGACGACACCACACUCACGGAUGACACUGACAUGAAUGAAAGCGCUCACAUGGAGAAAUUCGAAAACCUGCUCUCGCAGGCAACCUUAACAAUAUCCCAACGCGCGAAGCUUAAGAGAUCUAAAAGACGAGACUCUAGAAAUAGUGUUAAAAGUCCGUGAGAUAAAUACUCACUCAUUUGGUAACAAAAAACACAAGAAAAGAGUAUAUGAAGUCUAAAAAUUUAAUGAAUUUUCAUAUCUUAGUAUAAAAAAACCAUUUAAAUUCUCACCUUAGUUCAACUACACUAAAAAUUAGAUGUUUAAAAUGAAAAAUAAAUACCAUAUCAUUACUCAAAAAUUUAUUUGUUUCAGCUACUCGUGUUAUGGAAAGUUUUUUCUUAGUUUCAAGCUUUAGCUCGACUACACAUAAACAAUAAACAUAUAUAUAUAUAUGCGUAUGUGUAUGUAUUUAUAUAUGCAUAUAUAUCAGUAUUUACGUAUUAUGUAUAUGAUAAUACGAAAUAAGAGCCCCAUCAGAUUAGGAUUACUUAAGACUUGGAAGCGGUAAUUUCAACAUCAGUCGAUUUCAAUUCAGAACGUUCUUUAUAUUUAAAAUGUACUUUAAAUCAAAUUUGGCAUAUACAAAAUAUGAAAAUAAAAAUAUGUAAAUG